AUGCACUUCCUCGGCUUCCUCUUCCUCCAUCUUCUUAACCAAGUUUCAGCAUUUUCCAACAUCACGGUUAAAGAAUCCAUUGGGGGUCUAAUAACCGAUCCCUGGGUAUUGGAUGAUCGAAAACGGAUCGACGCAGAAACUGUCGAUCAAGUGACUCCCAUCAUUAUUGUUACCACAACUGCUGCCACUUAUGAUCUCAGUCUCGCCUGUCUUAAAGGCAACCUCACCUUCUCGCAGAAUAGCAUUACACCCCACCUCCUCGUGUGUAACUUCACUGGGCACACAGAUAUCCCCCUCUCCAUCUCUUUUGACACCGACAUCAGUGAGGUGGCAACUCUCCUGCCACCCUUCUGGAUGUACCUCUCACCCGGCUCCGUUGACAUGACUCUCAACUUCACUAUUUGUCUACAUCGAAUGGGUAGUGUCUACUUGAAGGUUUGGAUGAGAGAGGCAAAACCAGGGGGUAGAGAAGGAGUGCUCUUCUCCUUUGAUCCCUCCAAUGACACCUCAGUGAAGCAGUACACAUCGUGGCUAGUUAACGGAAGUCGAGUGUAUGAGGCAGGCGGUGGAGCAGCAAUGGGUCUUCACCUAAAAAUUCUACGCUCUAGAGGCAUUAUGGAAACCAUCUUUCGAGCUAUUGUCGCUGUCAUGGUGUGUGCCCUUACACUAGUCAUGGGAUGUGAGUUAGAUGUCAUGCUGAUUUGGAAGCACUUCAAGAAACCUGUGGCACCAAUUAUCGGCUUUAUUUGUCAAUAUGGAUUGAUGCCUUUGAUAGCUUUCGGCGUGGCCAUGGUAGUGCCCAUCAAAUCGGAGUUCGGCUUCGGUCUCCUCACCACUGGUUGCUGUCCAGGUGGAGGUGGGUCGAAUAUCUGGACACUGUUGCUGCAUGGUGACCUCAAUCUGAGCAUGACCAUGACCUUCAUCAGCUCCAUCACUGCAUUGGAAGCUUCGGAAGACGACAUUAAACUUGCCUGCAGCUAUGUUGCUUGGGCAGAAGCAGUCAUAUCACGAUAA